UCACGCUGAUGGAAGAAGUUGAAAUUCAGAUCAACUGCAGCUGGAACAUCAACAACACGGGACUAAAAGUGAACUGGAUUAAAGACAAUCAGAGAAUUCACUCUGACCAAAAGCACAGAAUCACAGAAAUCUACAACAACAGAAGUGCAAGAUUAGUGAUAAAACACCCUGAUUUUAAUGAUUCAGGAGUUUAUACUUGUCAAGUUAUUCAAGACAUUCCUCGCCUGAUAAUAAAACGAGGAGGAGGAACGAACGUUACAUACAGGAAAAAAAGCCAUUCUACCACACCAGCAGAGAAACUAGUUCCUACAGCGCCACCACAUAAACAUAAACGGGCUGCUGAGGGGCACGGGCCGGGUAUUUUUGCGAUCCGAAGCAUUCCCUUCAUCACAUUACUGCUGGCUGUGUGUUUUCUCAACCGAUACGAUAGAAAGAAGAACGAGCAAAGAGCAGGAACUCGGAGGGAUGAAGAGCAAACUUUAGUUAUAGAGGAGGAGAACGAAGAACCGGGAGCAGAACGAGUGGAAGAGAGGGAUGAACAAACACAACAAAGAGAAGUGGAGAUGGUGAAUGAAGUAAUGGGAGAAGAAAUUAAAAUGGAAGAGUGGAAUGAACAAUCAGAAAAAAGAGGAGAGGUGGGAGAGAGGAUGAACAAUCAGGAAAAGGAGGAGAGGUGGGAGAGAGGAUGAACAAUCAGGAAAACGAGGAGAGGUGGGAGAGAGUGAUGAACAUAUAAGACAAAGAGGAGAGGUGGAAAUGGUGAAUGAAUUCACAGGAGAAGAAAUUGAAAUGGAACAGAGGGAUGAACAAUCAGGAAAAGGAGGAGAGUUGGAAGAGAGGGAUGAACAAUCAGGAAAAGAGUAGAAGUGGGAGAGAGGGAUGAACAAUCAGGAAAAGGAGGAGAGUUGGAAGAGAGGGAUGAACAAUCAGGAAAAGAGUAGAAGUGGAGAGAGGGAUGAACUAUCAGGAAAAGGAGGAGAGGUGGGAGAGAGGGAUGAACAUUUGGGACAAAGAGGAGAAGAAAGCGAGGUCAUGAUGGUGAAUGAACAAAUAGAUGAAGAAAGAGAAAUAGAAGUGAGGGAUAAAUAAAUAAGGAAAGGCAAAGUAAAGGGAUCGUGAAAGAAUUAACAAGAAAAGAAAGAAAAGUGGAAGAGAGGAUGAACAAUCAGAGUUAAAAGAGAAAAGCAAGAAAGGGAUGAAUAAAUAGGAAAAGAGGAGAAGUGAAAGAGAGGGAUGCACAAUCAGAGUAUAAAAGAUAAGUGGAAGAAUAAAGAAAAAGACAAGAAAGUGAAGUCAUGAUGGUGAAUGAACCAACAGAUGAAGAAAAAGAAUGGAAGAGAGGAUGAAUAAAUCGGAAAAGAAGAGUAGUGAAAGA